CGAUUGGCUUGGUGAUUGUUCCUUUCGGCUGAUGUUUCCCAUCCCGUUUGUUGGUUGAUAUUAGAUAAAAAAUCCUCUUCCUUCAAUUUGUAUGUCUGACAAUGUUAAAAGUUUGACGUCUAACUGAGGCGUAUUAUUAUCGGGAGGACCAUAACAGUUGAAUGAACUACACAAAAAGUAUUGUCAAAGGAAUGUCUGUCUUAAAGUGUCAGUGAAAGUGGAUCUUUAUUGCUUUUGUAAAGGGAGAAUUUUUGAACAUUUUUCUUGUAUUGGAACUUGUUAGAUGCUAGUGCAGCUAAUCUAGAACAGUGUGUUCGGCCAAUGAAAUAAGUUGGAGAUCUGAAACUAACAUGGAUAUCCAUCAGCUGAAGGCUAAAGUCUCUAAUUGCUAGGUGGUGAUAACAACUUUACACUGUAAAAGAGCAGAAUGAUGGAGGUCAUCACUUAAAAGUCAUAAACUGACAAUGACUUGAUGAUAGCACUAUGACUGUGACAGAGACAAGAGGCUCUUGGGAUUAAGAUUUAUUGUUUAACUACCUGCAAUAUGCUGAGUUAUAAUACGGUUUCAGUGUGAGUCUGGAUGUCACCAUUCAAGACCCAGAGGGGAAAAUUCAAAUUCAGGAAGCAUUAUUACAUGAGCGAAGACACAGUUGCUUACUUAGUUCACUUAUUUGGGAAAGAACACAGAAAGCUAUGUCCUGAACUAGGAUGUGCUGUGACAUGUGGGGCUAAAGUGUUAAUCACCUCUUGUGUGAUUUGGCGCAGAGUGACAAGGUGUUAGAUGUGCUCACAGUGGGGACAAAGUCUGUUCAUGGCGGGAUGUAGGUUAUAGCCCCGCCCCCCUUGAGCCGCAACGCUGUGCCUGCUUGUGUCUCAGCUGGUCCAGAACCACAACUAUUUGGCAAAAACAAGACCGCGAGGAGGGCAGGAUCAGUACUGUAAAUGGAUAUCUGGCUGGGGAUAGCAUCACCAAGCCAGACCGCUGAAUUAUUAAAAAUACUGGAGUCCUUCACUUUCUGCCUAGAACCAAACAUAAUACACAGAGAAUGUUACAACAAACAGAAGUCUCUUGGAUGUCUUGAGUUUAUUGCCCCAGAGAUGAAAGUACACCUGAGAAAGAAAGCAAUCAGAUUGUGACAAGGUAACUGGAUCACUCGGCUGGGGCAGUGAGUUUGGAAGUGCAACACAAGGCCGACACAAAUCUCUCAGCAAGCUCAUUUUCAUGUUGUGCACACUUGGAGAUGUGUGGCUGAACUGGAAAUCCAAGUUUUAAUUGAGAAAGCACCACUGAGUGCAAAAGCAACGGCGUCCUACUGGGCACAUUCAAAUCAGGAGUUUGGAAUGUUUAAACGUGCUACUUCUCUAAAUUGCCAUCAGAAGGACAAACUAUCAUCCAGUCCCUGUUUAUUUAACAGCAUGUUUGUGUGAGCUCAUGGGAGACUGCUUUAUCAAGAGUGGAUGACGUGGCCAGUAGAACAGAAAGAACUCCUGUCCUCCUUUGCUACAUUUGGCCUUUACCCACUCACUGGCGCACACACAGACACCCACACACACACACACACACACACACACACACACACACGGAGCGGGAGUCAGAGGACAGAUGAAGAUACAAAGUGCUGGUGUCAUGGAGUCACUGGGCAGUGACUGGGGAGGUGGAGGGUCAGGUGCCCCGAACUGACAAGCCAAGAGCAGGAUGCCUUUUGAGCGGGGGCCGAAGGGGUUGCUAUGGCGAUGUUUGUCAUCUGGGAAGUCUUCUGCAGAGGCAUGCUGGGUGAGAGCGAGAUUGCGAGAGAGAGAGACAGAGAGAGAGCUUGUAUUCUGACGAGGUCGUUUAGUGAGAGCACCAAAGUUUUGCGCAGUCCAUUUGGGAGUUACUUUUGGGGAGAAUCCGCCACACAAGAACAGACAAGUGACCACAUGCAGUCACAGCUUUUUGACGAGGCCGGCUGUCCAAAUGGCUUCUCUAGGGAGCCAGGGGGUCCUUCUGGUCAGCACAUCAUAACUUCUCCAGAUCUGACCAAAGAGGUGGUCAUCUCCCCUGGACUGCCGACUCCUCCUCUCAGCCCCUUUCGAACAACGAGACUUUCAUCUGGAGAAUUCAAGGCCUCUGAUGUCAAUGGAAGUGGCCAAACUACUCCCAGCUUUGGAUCAUAUUAUGGGCCCUCACAGUCACAUGGGGGGCUCACCAAUGGGGUGCAGCCUUCUCCCACUAGGGAGGAAAGACUCAUCAAAUUCUCAGGAAUUGGCCCCGUGGAUGAAACUGGGAUGCCCAUUGCCUCCAGAUCGAGUGUACACAAGCCCAGAGACUGGUACAAGAGCAUGUUCAAACAAAUACAUAAGAAGCCGGAGGAAUGUGAGCCGGAGGAUUCAGACAGGUGGUCGACUAGAUGCCUGCAGGCCUCUGCGAGGAGUGAGGAUGAAGAAGGCGAUAAAUAUCUCUUCAGGCUAUCACCACAUGGAGCCUUGCCUGACUGGAGCCAGAAUGUCAGCGAGCUGUCAGAUCCAGGAAAGCAGCAGCCUAAACCCAAGAGCAUAUUUGACUUUGAGCCUGAAAAAGAUGUUUCUUCGGUAAACUUCAGCCAGGGUUACCAGUCGCCCAAAAAACAUCCUGAGAAGUCAAAGUCUCCUUCAGUUGAGGCCAGUCUGGUCUCCGAGCUGAGUCGCUUUGAGGCCGAGUUGGACUCGGAUAUCCAGGGCCUGGAAAGGAGACUGUCCCAGAAGCAGCAGCAGCGUCGAGGCUGGGGUGAGGAGACCAGGGCCAGGGACCCAGUGACUGCUCCGAGGGCUGCAAACACAAACUACAGCAAUUCAUCAGCGCCAAAGCAGCCCAUCCGUCACUCUGUUGGCCCCUCAUCAGUCUUCGCUCCUACAUUUGAUCAACUUUCUCCUGCAAAUGACACAAUGGAGCGCUCGCCUAAGAAAGAGGAAAAGAAGAUGAAAGCAGCUCGGGCCAAGUUCAAUUUCCCGGCUCAGUCUGCAAAGGAGCUCACGCUGCAUAGGGGCGACAUCGUCUACAUCCACAGGCAAGUAGACGCCAACUGGUUUGAAGGAGAACAUCACGGUAGAGCGGGCAUCUUCCCCACCACAUAUGUGGAGAUUCUGCCUCCAUCCGAGAAGCCAACGCCUAUAAAGCCUCCCAGUGUGCAGGUGCUGGACUAUGGCGAAGCGGUCGCACUGUAUAAUUUCAAUGCUGACCUUCCAGUGGAACUUCCCUUUCGAAAAGGGGAAGUAAUAAGUAUUACUAGAUGUGUCAAUGACAAGUGGCUGGAGGGGAGGAUCUCAGGGACCAACCGAAGUGGCAUCUUCCCUGCCAGCUACGUUCAGGUCAACAAGAUGCCCCGCACCAAAUCCUCCACAGACGACUUCUCGACAAGCCCCAUGUCUCCUUUGUCUCCUGGACCUCAGAGUCCAGGACGUCCGCUCCACUCGCCUUGCCUGCGGUCGCCAUUGUCGCCGUUCAGCCCCGCAUGCAUCAGCCCCAAAAGAGAGCACUCCCCCCGCAAUCCUUCGUCACCUCUACCUUCUGGUGCUGCUCCACAGUUGCACUCGCCUGUUCAAACACUUCUAUCCAAAGAAUCUGCCAAUCGGUGGCCCCAUAAUGCCUCCAACCCCGCUUCACCUCCCGACCGCAACGUUUUCAGCUCCGCGUCACCUUCUGCUUGGUCAGCAGCAUCUCCACAUAGCACAGAAGGGCCCAUAGUAAACACUCCCAGAUGCAAUGAUUCCUCGCAGGGAGUGCUUUCGGAUCCCAGCGCCAACUCACGCCGACCUGCACAAAUGCCAAACACUGCUGGCUCCACAGUGGUGCAACGUAAACCGUAUAAAGCUGUCUACAACUACAAACCACAGAAUGCAGAUGAGUUGGAACUGAGAGAAGGCGAUGUUGUACAAGUAAUGGAGAAAUGUGAUGAUGGCUGGUUUGUAGGUACGUCAGAAAGGACUCACGCUUUUGGGACUUUUCCUGGGAAUUAUGUGACAGCAGUUUAAGCUUCUUGUUUGACCACACUGACAUGGAUUCACAAGAGCUCAACAACCACCCACCCUCAUCACCUCCCUUAAGACGGGACAGGCAUGUUCACCACUUUUCCAUGCCCAAAAGUGAAAACAGGAGAAGUCCUCACCUGCCCGCAUGAGCGCAUGAGUGUGUUGCACUGGCUUCAUUACUUCAUGUACACCCAGCAUAAGAAUACUAAGGCUGGAUACUGAAGACAUGCAAAGAAUGAAUGAUUUAGUUGCACAAUUAUUUGCACAUUUGUAUUUCUUUCCAGAAUUAUGACCGUUCUUUCUAAUGUUCUGCAUUCAGCCACCACAAACCACUCCAUGAAUUUGAUAUGAAUUUCUAAUAUUUUGUGGAAUCGACGACUAACAUUUCCAUAAAAUGUCUGUCUCAGAUUAUUUUUCAGAUCUUUGAAGAAGUUGGAAGAAGCAACACGAACCUCUCUAGAAAAGCUCUUAAGUUAGAAAGGGAAAAUAUGUGCCAUUAAGUUUACAUCCAUCCACAAGGCUAUUCAGAAAAGAAAAGUUUGAUAGCACAAGCACUAGUUUCUUCCUAUCAAUUGUUAAAUGUCUAGUUAUCUUGUUUUUUUUUUUUUUUCUAAAAAACUGAAACAGGAAACAUGACUUUUUCUCAGUUUAGAAGAAGUCUGCUACAGGAGACAAAUACAUAAGUUAACUUAAAGUUGACUGUCUUGCCACUAAAAAGUCACAGCACACUUGCAUGCUGUUAGCUCGUUCGUCUUUCCUGCUUUAAACCACAAUGCAAGGUCUUUUAUGCCAAUGUAAUAUUGGCAACCCCCCCCCCCCCGCACCCCUGUUUUUUUUUGUUUUUUAAUUACAUUUUUUUAAAGACAUUUCAUGACAUCAUCACUGUAAAAUUAAUCAUGUUGCCUGAAAAUGGUUGUACAGAGUGUAACCUUUUAUCAAAUAAAAUUCCAAAGUGUAAUAUAUUUUCCAAUGUAUGGUAUAGUUGGUAUGGUAGUUUUGUUAAGCCAUUAAACAAUGCGGUGUUCCAAAAUGA